AUGGAGCGCCCCCACCGUCCUCCGCCGCUCACAAUCCCCCCGCCGCCCCGAAGCCGGACCCGAGUCCGGAGACCUCGCCGUCCCAACGCACAACAGGCGCGACAGUUCAAGCGAUGGCUGCUCCGCGCCCAAAUCGCCAAUGACGUAGCGCACGUCGCCGCCGCAUCGAUACUCUUAUGGAUCAUGUCGUGGUUCCUCUACAACGUCUCGUUUCCUUUGACAUAUCCCGCAGGUCCCGCCGCCGUUGCCCUGAUCGCGAUCCUCUCCACAGACAUCCUCCUCGACGCCCGCUCAAUAGUCCACGCUCACGACCCCUGGCCAGGCUGGACCCUCCUCAUCCGCCUCGUCCUAGGCGCCUCCCUCAUCGCAAUCUUCUGGGUCUAUAUCUCCCUCGGUGACGUCUUUGCGCGCGGGUUCACGUACUGGGGUAUGUCCGACAGCUAUGGCCGCGUGCUGGCGUACAUGUUUCUCUGGGGCAUCGGGCUCUGGGAUUUGCUUUUUGUAUUACUGUGUCGGCAUUGGCUGGGCAAAGAGGUCAAGAGGUACGGGGAGAAGGCGAGACAGGUGUUUGGGAACGAGAAUGGGAGAAGGAGGGGGAUUAGAGGGAGGAUGUCGCCUGGUGGGAGCGCGAUGAGACUCGGGAGUGCGGGUGGAGAGCGCCCUGAGCGGAUUGGUGUCGUCGAUCUCGAGGCUGCGAGGCCUGUUGAGGAGGGCGACGGCGGUGAUGUCGGUAGGGAGAGGGUUGGGUUACCUGUAAGGAUGGGCGUGAGAAGAGUCAAGAACAGCGUGAGCGCGAGCGUCAACUCCGUCGCGAGCGGGACGGGGCCGGGGAAUGGGAUGGGAAACGAGGAUUCAUCGCCACCUCCGCCUGCAUUUAUGAGGCCUGCAUGA